AUGACGGCGCCUCUCUCGCAUCAGACCGUCACGGUCAAGGACCCCGCCGCCGUCCGCAAGCGCAGACGCCGUGCUCCUGCUGGCGGUGCCGCCGAUGACUGCUUUGCUUGCACAAAACGCAAUGUAAAGUGCGACCGCCGGCGGCCGUACUGCUCGCAAUGUCUCGAAGUUGGCAACGAAUGCUCUGGCUACAAGACCCAGCUGACCUGGGGUGUUGGUGUUGCCAGCCGUGGCAAGCUUCGUGGUCUCUCGCUACCCAUCGCAAAGGCCCCCCCGGUGGCUCGUGAACCCAAGAAGGCUCCUGUUGCCCGCGCCCGAUCCAAUUCGACCAUGACUUCCAUCUCGUCUCACUGGGACGAGCAAGACGACCUCCACCACGUUAGCCAUCGUGGUGCCAUUGAUAUCCCCGCCUCACACUCUUCAUACUCCAACUCUGGAUACGACUACCUUUCCAUGUCACACCAAGAGCAUACCCACCACAUGCACUCGCAAUCCGUCCCACACGAUUCUGUCCCACAAGGCAGUUGGAGCAGCGUUCACUACGGCUCAUCUUCCAUGAUCCAGUCACCGGAUGCCCGGACCACUCCCAAGUUCUCCAAAUGGCCUCUGCCUAUCAUCACUGAUGGCCUGUCGUCCUCGGUCGAUUCCCUCAGCGAGGUUGACUACCUUUCGCCCAUGAGCCAGGGAUAUUCUCGCGAGGACAUGCCUCCUUUUGGACACAGCCCUACUGUUGGCUACGAUGGAUUCCCCAUUCACCACCAGUCGCCCAUCUCCCGCAGCCCGCCUCCCGCUCUGCUCAUUGACACCAGCCGUGUGUCCAACUCGUGUGGCAGUCUCAUCUACGGUGGCCCCUCAGACAGCAGCUCUAGCCUCCAUUCGCAGCUCGAACACUUUGAGUCUAUGCGCCACUCAAAGUCGGCCACGGAGUGCGACGGUCUCAAUGUCAACAACGGCAGCUGUAAUGCCCUGUCUCCAGGCUGGCACACCAGAGUCAAAGAGGAGGAUUUGCAUUCACCGCUCUCCGAGUUCACCCCCAAUCACUGGCCCUCCAUCAGGGACCAACCCCAACUUCGCAUCAGCCAAGAUGUCUCUGCUAAGAUGACAUUCUUUAUGGACUACUACAAGAUGACAAUGGCACCUUCCAUGGUUGUUAUUGACACACCUCACAAUCCUUUCAAGAACCACAUUUUGCAGCUCGCAAGCAGUAGCCAAAGUCUUCAGCAUGCCAUCUGCGCCGUAGCAGCCUGCAACCUUCGCAUGAAGCGCAGGCUCAGCCUUGGUCAAGACACUCGUGAGCUCUAUGAGAAGCUCAUUGACGAAAAACGUGCGACUGAAAAUGCCGGAGAUGCUCCUCCGCAAGAUCCAUCGCAUGCCGAAGAGAUUCAGCACCGCAACCUGGCCGUGCAGUUGCUCAACCAGCAGCUGACCGACCCGGUAAAGUCCAGCCAUGACUCAGUCCUCGCCACCAUUUUGAUUCUCUGCCACUACCGCAUGGCAGAGUCGGGAAUCGCCAAGUUUCACACGCAGUUUGCCGGUGUCAAGAAGAUUCUGGCCAUGCGCAGCCCCCAACAAUUCGGUGGAUCCACCAGCGACGUCGCGUGGAUGGAGACGCUGUUUGGCUACUUUGACGCUAUUUCGGCCACGAUUAAUGAUCGCGAGGCGCAACUGACCUCCGUCGACGAUGGCUUUGCCGCUGGCAUCAUGCCUGCUGGCGCCGUCAACAUGGUUGGCUGCGACCGCGAGCUAUUCAGGACGAUUGGCAAGCUUGGUAGGUUAAACAUGCUCUCCCAGCACAGGCCUGUGCAGAACAUGGCUGGCUCGAUCCAAGCAACGGCAGAUUCUCCGCUAGCCACCCGCUCCAUGAGUCACGGCUACAAGAAUAGCAUCAGCAGCGUGCAGAGCCAGACUCAGGGGGCGGAACUGUACGCAACUCCUUCAAGCCAGCAGCGUUUUGACGGGAAUGGCUUCGGCACCUUGCUCGAUGAUGACGAGCUUCUCACCUCGGCCAUGUCGACAUCCACGGCCUUUGACGACCGGCGGGCACUCUUCUGGGCGGAAUGGAAGGAAGCGCGCCAAGCCCUGCAGCACUGGCACUUUGAUGCCGGGGCUGUGGCAUCAGAACUCCCGGGCGGCCCGAACCCCGGUCAUUUGCGGGACCUGGAGUCGCUGUCCGAGGCAUUCCGGUAUGCGGCUAUGCUCUACACGGAGCGACUGGCCAGUCCCAGCCUGCCAUCGAGCCACACCAACUUCCAGAAUCUUGUCAGCCAAGUGGUCUACUAUGCGACGAGCCUCGAGGUCGGCAGCACCGCGGAGAAGUUCUUGCUCUGGCCACUCUUUAUCGCAGGAUCGGAAUGUGUGAACGUGCUUCAGCAGAACAUUGUGCGCUCCAAGUGCAAAGACAUCAUGGCACGCUCCGGCUACAUGAACAACCUUGCCGCCCUUGACGUACUGGAACGUCUGUGGUCUGGUGAUUUCCGAAACAGCAGCGAGAUGAGUCUGUAUGGUGGACAGCCCAAGUUGGGUGGAGCUCGAGGCCCGUUUAACUGGUCCAAGUGCUUGGGUGGCCCAGGUGUCGGUGUCGAAUGGAUUAUGUUUUGA